UUAAUUCAAAAAUUUGGCGGUAUCGUGAUCUCCGGGUUAAAUUGGAAUGGGAAACGUCUCGAAAAUUAUUUCGUCGAAUCAUUCAUAAAAUAUUGUAGUAAUUUUCGACACUUUUCCGAUUUGGCUCAGAGAUCACG